UGCCCCGUGUCCUCGCCUGCCUCCAUGCCCGCAUGGCGCGCUGCGUGCUGGCUGAAUCUGGGCGGUGGCCGGACAGUGCCUGUGCCCUGUCCGAGGUGCCGUCUGGGCUGAACAGCUCUCUGUUGGGUAUUAUUCGCAUAAUUAGGGCAGCUAGCACUUUGUUUGCUCCUGUCUGCAGCUUUUGUGCUUGGUUCAUGGCUCUUGUCCAUGUGGCGUGACUGCCAACGUGACGAUUGAAGCAUCUCUCCAAGGGACGCAUCUCUGCGGAGGCCCUGCCGGGGGGCCCUCUUCCAGAGGACACGAUGAAAAUCCUAGUGGCUAAAGUCCUUUGUCUGCUGGGCGUCUUCGUCCUCAUGCUGCUUGGGUCCCUGCUGCCUGUCAAGCUGAUUGAGGCAGACUACGAGAAAGCUCACCGUUCCAGAAAGGUCCUUGCCCUCUGCAACUCUUUCGGAGGAGGGGUCUUCCUGGCCACCUGCUUCAAUGCCCUGCUCCCAGCAGUCCGGGAAAAGCUUCAAGAAGUCCUCAAGCUAGGGAACGUGAUAACAGACUACCCCCUGGCCGAGACUAUCAUGCUGGUGGGGUUCUUCAUGACGGUCUUUGUAGAGCAGCUCAUCCUGACCUUCCAGAAGGAGAAGCCCUCCUUUAUCGACCUGGAGACCUUCAACGCCGGCUCAGAUGUCGGGAGUGAUUCUGAGUACGAGAGCCCCUUCAUCGCCACCUCCCAUGGGCGCACACUGUACAAUGAGCACAGCCACCACUCCCACAGCCACAGCCUGAACAUCCGGGAGCUCUCCCGCUCCAGCCCCCUGCGGCUCUUCAGCCUGGUGUUUGCCCUGUCAGCCCACUCCAUCUUUGAGGGCCUGGCCCUGGGCCUGCAGGAGGAAGGGGACAAGGUCAUGAGUCUCUUUCUGGGGGUGGCCAUCCACGAGACACUGGUGGCCGUAGCGCUGGGCAUCAGCAUGGCCAAGACCUCACUGGCACUGAAGGAUGCCGCCAAGCUGGCUGUGACAGUCAGUCUGAUGAUUCCCUUGGGCAUUGGCAUUGGCAUGGGCAUCGAGAGCGCCCGCAAUGUGGCCAGCAGCGUAGCUUCUGUGGUGCUUCAGGGCAUUGCAGGGGGGACCUUCUUAUUUGUCACAUUCUUCGAGAUCCUGGGGAAGGAGCUGGAGGACAAGAACGACCGCCUGCUGAAGGUCCUCUUCCUGGUGCUGGGCUAUGCCGUCCUGGCCGGGCUUGUUUUCUUCAAGUGGUGAGGGCAGAGAGGAGACCCCAGCUCCUUCCCCUCGUAAACGGUGCUGAUAGCCAGCCCCCUUUCCAGCCAGGCGGGGACGCGGAUGCCAGCGCCAGGGUGAAGCAUCCGCAUCCAGAUGGUGGCAACACAUUGACCUGAAGAGAGAAUGGUUCCCCCAGGGUCAAGGGAGAAGAAUCACACAAGGUUUCAUGCGACUGUCCCCACAUGCUGUAUUAGUGGGGUGGGGAGAGGCUUGUACAGAGGCUACUGAAAAUAAUAUUUGUAAUAGUGAGUAGGGCCUUAAAUGCUGCUUCCGAAGG